UGAAAACGAGAAUCGCAUGCGUUGUGUUUGGUUAUUUCAUAUUUUCAUACAACACAAGAUCUUAAUUCUUGAGAUGAUAUGAGGGUUAGUGUGGAGAUAAUAACGGGGACAUUUAUAAAUACGGAGGUGGGUGAGAAUGCGACGGUGAAGGAAUUAAAGGAGAAAAUUGCAAAUGAGGUGCAAUUAUCGGUGAGGCGUUUGAUAUUAGUGGUUGGACAUGAAGAGCAGAGAAGGAUGGUCAGGGAGGAUGAGGAUGAAACGAUGUUGAUAGAUUUAGGUGUGAGAGAAGAUUCUCAUAUGUAUUUGUUCUUUAAGCACCCUGACUUGGUUUACAAGGAAGAGAGGUCUCAAGGAAUAGAAGAUGAUGAUUGUACGGAGGAGAUAGCAGAGAGUAAAAGAGGAAACGGAGAAGAAGAUGAAGAGGCAGAGGAAAAAACAGACGGUGAAGAUGAAGAUACAGCGAUGAAGAAUGGUGAAGUUGAUGGAGAUGUGAAUGUAGAUGAUAGAGUGAAAGAGAAGACGAACGUAGAAGAAACAAAUGAUGAUGAUGAAGAUGGAAAAGAGAACAAGAGAGGGUGAAAGAAGGAGAAAAUGAAAUGGAUACAGUUUCUUGAUUCUAUUUCCUUAACCAUUCCACAAAUUAUUAUUUUUUCUUGUGAUUUUAUUGUCAUAAUGUUUCUUGUUUGGCAAGUA